AUGGAGUGCACGCCGGUGGGCGGCGCCUGCGGCCUCUUCCCGCCGGAAGAGGCGCGCCGCGAUGAGGUGCUGAACUUAAACGGGCCGGACGUGCUGGGAUAUCUUCGCGUGAUGUCCAGCUCCUUCAUCAACCCCAUCUACUACGGCGUGAGCACUGCCUUGGUGACCUUCGAGCUCCGGGGGGAAACCUCCCACGAAGUGAACGACGUGCUGGUGGUGCAGCGCCCCCCGGGCUACACCAUGCAGCUGGGCAGCCUCCGGGCCCUGAGAUCCGUGAGCUUCGGGGAGAGCGGUCUCGACUUCCUCCGCAAGUGGAGCACGGACUUCACCAACCCGGAGGACUUCUACGCCGUGCUCACACAGCCCGUCCCGGCGGGUACCACCAUCCGCUUUCAGCUGGGGGUGGCAUCCCCUGCUCUGGCCGAGAAGGUGAUGAAUUGGUAUUUCAGGACCUGGCGGGUGCUGCCGCUGCUGGACGAGGACGGCGCGGUGCUGGACGCCUCCAUGCCCACCUACCCCUGGCUGGGCCGCAACAUCUUGGCCACGGGCACCAGCGACGGCGCCUUCGCGGGCUUCUUGCUGGUGGGGCAAGUGCCCUUCACCGUGACGCCCUCCUUGCGGACGCCGGGAGCAGAGAUCAUGCUGACCAUCAACUUCGGCGUGGCCGACGGGGUGGAAGCGCAAGAGAGCGUCCGCAUGGAGGUCUUGGCACCUGCGGGCUUCGUCUUUGCCGACUCCUGCCGCUUUGGCGGCAGCCCCAUCUUCUCCAAGUGUACUGGCUUCCAGAACCAGGCCACUUUGGUGACUGCUCGGCCCAGGCUGCUGGGCUCGGACAUCACCGUGGACCUGCGAGUGCGCAACCCCGGGCUGACGCCCACGCCGAACUACUUCUACUUGUCUCUCUUCCAAGAUGAGAGCACGCAGUACGUGCGAUGGUCACAGACCUUGAGCUACGAGAUCAUGGGUAUGGGCGUGGUCUACAAGGGCAACAACCAGUUGGGAGAGGCGGCCUCCGGAUACUUCACCUUCACCCCGGUGCGGCCUUCGCCAUCUUCGGUGGUCUACAUCGUGGUCACCCCGCCGCCCAGCUCCGGGUUCCGGGUCUUGUGUACGGGAAUCAGCCCCCUGGGCUUCAUCUUCAUGCCGAACUGCGAGCACCGCACUCGACACACUCGAGACUCGAGCCCUGUAACCAAAUGA